AUGCGCACUUUGGCGGCCCUUUUGGGGGCCCCGUGGCCCGCAGCAGCGGCAGCAGCAGCAGCAGCGCCAGCAGCUGCUGCUGCAGUUAAAGGAGAGGCGAAGACAGAGGCAGAAGCAGAAGCAGCAGCCGCAAGCACAGCAGCAACAGCAGACACGAACACCGCAGCAGCAGCAGCAGCGGCGGGCACAGGUGCAGCAGCAACUGAAGAUGCAAACAUAGCAGUAGCAGCAACAGCAGCAACAGCAGCAGCGGCAGCAACAGCAGCAGCAGCAGAUAUGCCUGCUGCUGCUGAAGCAGCAGCAAACCAAAGGCCCCUCAGCGAGGGGGCCCAGCUGCUGCUGGCCCGCAUGCUGCUGCAUUUGCUGCGCCUCAGUUUUGCUCCAGACCGCCCCCCUGCUGCAGCGCGGCGUGUCAGCCCCAGCAGCAGCAGCAGCAGCAGCAGCAGCAGCAACAGAAAAUGCACCCUUUUGGCCAUUUGCAUUAAUCGCAGACUUGGGGCCCCUAAGGGGGGCCCCCAGGGGAACCCAGAAGGACCCUUUGAGGCCCCCAGAGGGCCCCCCCAAAACCCCCCAACACUGAAGGGGGCCCCCAGGGAAGACUUGGGGGCCCCUAGACCCACAAAGGGGCCCUUGGGCUGUCGGGGGGCCCCUCUCGGCUGCGCCCUCUGGACUUUGACUUAUGACACCAUUUAUGCUUUCCAAGACUUCAAAGAUGAUUCCAAAAUUGGAGUUAAGUCCUCAGCCCUCACCUGGGGCCCCCGGGGGGCCCGCCUGUGGGGUUCCCUCGCCAUUCUUGCCCAGGGGGCCCUCUGGGCCCUCGCGGGCGCGGCCCUGGGGGCCCCCCAGGGGUCCCCCCCGGGGGCCCCCCCGGGGGCGCCCCAGGGGGCCCCCCAGGGGGCUCACCAGGGGGCCCCCCAGGGGGCCCCCCAGGGGGCUCUCCAGGGGGGCCCGCAGGGGGACCUCCAGGGGGACCUCCAGGGGGGCCCCCCUGGGGGCCCCCAGGAGACCACCAUGGGGGGGCCCCGGGGGGCCCCGGGGGCCCCGGGGGCCCCUCAGGGGGGCCCCCUGGGGGGCCUGGUGGGGCCCCGUCUGCCGUACUUUGUGGGCAUUGCUGUCACCUGUGGGGCCCUCGCUGGCCUGCUUUGGAGAACAGACUUUUCUAAUGGGGCUGCAUGCGCCAGGGCCUUCAAGGCCAACCACCCCUUGGGGGCCCUUUUUGCACUUUCCAUUAUUGCCAGCAAAGUUUGGGAAUACAAAAUGGCCCAAAAGCUUUCGCCCCAGGGCCCCGUAGAGGGGGCCCCGUGGGGGCCCCCUGGGGGCCCCUGCACA